AUGCCCACAAAAGUCGCCCUAAUCACCGGGGGAGCAUCAGGCAUGGGACUGGCUGUCGCAACUGCCCUCUCAAAGCGCACUCACGAAGACUGGUCCAUCCAUCUCAUUGACCUCAAUGCUGCAGCCGGCAAAACCGCAACCACGACGCUAAAAAACACACACUUCCACCAAACAAACGUCACAGACUACACGUCCCUCGUCUCCGCCUUCGAAGCAACCUACAACACAUCCCAGCGUCUAGACUUUGUCUACGCAAACGCCGGCAUCGUCGAACGCGACAACUUCUACCAGCAACACAAUCUAGACGGUCCACCACCACCUCCGCCAAACCAACUAAGUGUAGAUAUCAAUUUGAAAGCCGUGAUAAACACUUCGUACCUCGCUCUCCACUACUUCCGCAAGACGAUAGCAAAGCACGGAAGGCAGAAUGUAGAUCCCGUGCUGGUAAUGACAGCAUCGUGCGGCGGUCUGUACCCCUCGGAGUUCUGCCCAAUGUACAGUGCGAGUAAAGCCGGCGUCGUUCAAUUCAACCGCGCCAUCACCGUUGCAUAUCACCACGAAGGGGUGCGGACGUUUGCUACGUGUCCCGGGACGAUCAACACGGGAUUGUUGAGCCAGGAGGAGUGGAAGAGUUUCCCGGUGGAGUACUUUACGCCUAUGGAGACUUUGGUUGAUGGUGUAGUGAGACUGGUGGAUGGAGGCGAGAUGGUAGAUGCAAAGGGUGUGAAGAAGAGCAAGGAGGAGAACUGGGGGUUGACGGUGGAGGUAAACGGCAACAACUUGUAUCUCAGCAACGGACCGGAGUUUUGCGAUGAGAAUAUGAAGGAGAUGAUGAAGAAUACUAGCAUGGCGAAGCAGUUGGCUAGAAUUGAAGGAGGCAAGCAGAAUGGGACGGACGGCGCUUGA